UGGGGGGGAAAUACCAUCAUCAGUUGCUCAGUUGGAGUGCACAUACAUCUAGGCCGGCACACUUUUUUGCUCGGUCAUCUCACGCAACAUUCUCAUUUUAAUCUAUGCAGCUGUGUGCACUGGCUUUGUGCCGUCUCACAUUUGUAUUACAUAGCAGAACAAAAACAACAAAAAAUAUUUGUAUGUAACCACUUGAUCAUUUAUUUGCUUUGACUGUUUUAUUUUCACCAUACCCGGCCUUCCACUUUGAGUUGAUGCAUUACCUGUUUGUCUGUAGAUCUUCAAAGUAGGGGUGAGCCAUUGUGGAGAGGUGUGCUACUUCCAAUGGCUGACGUCAUGUACUUCUUCACACUGCACAAGUUUAGACUAAAUAAUCAGCAUCUCUGCUGGUUGCAGCUGUUGCACUUUAUUUUUGCCUCAUUUGUUUCUAAACAUCAGUUCCUAUCCCUACUCCAACCCCAACCUUCAGGCCACUGGGAAACUUUCAGGCGCAAUGACAAAAAAAACAACUACAUUUGUAAAUAACUGCAUCAAAUUGUAUGGAAAUGCAUAUCAUUUUUUUGGAAAUUUGGGCCAUUAUUUGAUUCCAAAAAUAAUAUACAGUUAGAAACCUCAGAGUUUUUGCACAUUUGUUGUUUUCCUUCAUUGUGUUCCGGCGAGCGGCGACCCCUCCCGCUUUGUUUUACAGCCCUUGAACGCACCAUAGUUGUGUGUGUAUGCUAACUUAUUCCCAAGCUGCACCGAUAGACUACUAUACUGUAUUUUUCCAGUUUUUUACCUCGUAUUUGGUCCCAAAUGCUGAUACUGUGCAGGAAUGCAUCAAGGUCAGGUUUGAUGACGUUAUUGAGUGCUAAUGUGCAUAUUUGUUCGGUGCACAACCUCAAGUUAAUUCAUGCCAGCACACUGCCUGUUACCACCCACAUCAAACAGCAACGUUAUAAUCUUUUCUCUGAAAAACAAACUCCAGGCUCAUACUGGUGGAUGUUGGUACUGUAUUCAUUUUGUGCUAUUAAUUUGAUGUUGUCCCGGUCUUAGUUUCACACAAAUAUAUAACAAUAUACAAGUUAAAUUAGAUUGCUACUGUAUACCUAUACUAUACAACGUAUUCUGUAAAACGGUGACUUAAACUCACUGACGAGGAACAGUGAAAGAAGAAUCAUAUCGAUAAUCAGUCGUCAGAUUAAAUAUCGCAAUAGUUUGAUAUAUCAACAUUUCAUCACACCUAUACUGUAUAGCGAAUACUUGCAGAAAACAAAGCAAAAUACAUAUAAAUGUUGAUAAAAAUGAAUAAAUGACCCUGCCUUCCACCCAAAGCCAGCUGGGGUAGACUCCAGCGUACCCCCGUGACCCUAAUGAGGAUUACGCUGCAUAGACUUAAUGUUAUGUGUACGGUCUAUGAACAUAUAAACCACCCCCACACACAUUCUAAAGAUGAUUAAAGGAUUUCCUUGCCGGGAGUGUCCCAACUCUAAAAGAACCACCAUGCAUUCUUCAAAGAGACUGAGUCGCCAAUGCGUGGAUGCUCCUUUUGGGCACUCAACUAGAUUGUUGGUGCACUGUUUGGCCGCACGAUAACAGAGACAGUAUAUGAAAACUCUUACAUAUUUUUAGCAAUAAUUUUCAUCCGAACCGAGGUUCCACUAUACUGUAUCUUUUACUUCUUUUUAUAUAUAAUAAGAAAAAGUUAUUGUGGUAUUAAAUUGUUGUGAUUCAAAUAUUCACUGCUGGGUUGUUGUGAAAGGAUUUGCAAGUUAUUUGUGCAACUUAAUCUGCAUUCUAGCUCUCUUUUCGUAAGACUCUUGCAUACAAACUGCUGGUUACCAACCUUGCCUUGCUGGAUUAGCGAGUUCAUCGCUCAUUUUCCUGUCUUUAUAGCAUUUGUUGGAAAGGCCUCUAUGUCUAUGCCAACAUUAGAGUAGUCAUAGGUAUUUUCAUAUUGUAUAGAAAUGCUAAAAUAAGAUUUUGCCAUCAUGGCCAUCUUCAAUAUUUGUUUAGGCUUAUUUUUAAAUGGAAGCACAGCCUAUUGAUUGUCUGAGGAUGAUGUGUUUGUGGAAGAAAGCCUUUGUGCAAGUCAACUGAUGGGUCUUUCUUGAUUCUGCCUGCCAACCAAGGUUCAGCAGCAUAUGAUUACAGCACAUCUGUGUGUACAUAAUGUGCAUGUGUUUGCGUGUGUUUAUCACAGAGUUCAGUCUGUGUGCUUAAUCCUCAGAUCAUCCCCCAUUCAUCCUCUCAUCCUCCUCACUUACAGCCCUAAUCCUGUCAUCCCUCACUCUUUUUUUCACCCAGCCCUUUAUCCAUUUAUCUCUUUAUCCCGUUAUCUGUCCAUCGCACCCACUGCCCUAUUGUCCCUGCCCCUGCGGACCAACUCCCUCCCAAUACUUUCCCCACCACCUCCAAUCACUUAUCCUGCCCUCCCUCCAUCUCUCUGGACCCAAUUCCAGCCAGACUCAGCAGAUGUCUGAAAGCUUGGCAUCAGGGCUUCUUUCCGCAGAGCUCCAUCCCUCCCUUAUGAAACCGCGGUGCACAGAACUGCACUCUCAUCUCUGCAACAAAACAGCCGUUCGGACGUGUGGGGCCUCAGCCACAAUAAAUUGGUGCAUUGCAGUGUGAUAAAGAUUCCUGUCCAGGUUUUAGAGCGGAACCACGGCUGGUAUUCCCUCGUUUUUGCGAGGCUCUCGUGUGUAUUUUGAAGGCAGCUGCAGCAGAGCAUGGAGAGCUUGUAGCUCACCCACGCAGCUCGCCGUCUUUAGACUGGCCUAGUAGCUAUGGCUGCUUUUUGGAGCUGACGAGCUGUCAUGCAAUAAAUAAAUCAUCUAAAAAAGCUGCAAUGCAGUGGGGGUCGCCUUCUGUACUCUCACGCUGCCAGAGUGAAUAGAAGACAGCCCUUUCUUGCCUCCCGCUUUCUCCUCGCCAGGGGUUUGAGAAGACUGCAGUGAAUCCUUGCUGAUUCCAGCCCAAUGAAGGUUUCGCUGGCUACAUGGAUGCUUGGAUAGAUUGCAGGAACCGAGGCUCAGAGGGAGGUGAAGUUUAAAAGAGGCGUGAACAAGAGGAAGCAGGGGGAGCAGUGUAACGUGAGAGACUGAAUGAUAGACAGACACGGCAAAGAGGAGAGAGAGAUAGGAGGAGAGACUGGCUGUCAGGAGUGGAGAGACGCUAAGGCCUGCAGGGGAAUUAGAGCAGCAGAGACGAAAGAGGAAAAAAAAGGCAGAGUGACAGGCAGACGAGGCUUGCGCGUUGAAGAAGCGACACCAGCUAGGGGAAGGACGAGUGGACGAGGGAGAAUUUGAAUGUGCGAGACGGACGUGGACUGAAGCCGUUGUCAGCUCAUGGUCCUGGAGCACAGGCCAAGGAGAGGAGCAGGGGGGGAGGCAGAGAUGCACCAGGAGGGGGACGUGAAAGUGGACAACUGGUCAAGAGUUGUUCUACCAGGUCAGACCAUGAUGGGACUCUACUACCCAAACACACUGCUGGGGUCUCAGGAUUCAACAGGAGCACAGGAUGGCUUGGUGGCCCCACCCUUCACAGCGUUCCCUCCUCCACCCCCUCCCCAGAAUGGGAUCGCUGGGACAGAGUUUGGCCCUGGGGCCAUGUUUGGUGCCGGGGGUCAAGGCACAGCUGAGGUAGGCGCUGGCGCUUAUGGAGACACCACCAGUUCCACCAUCAGCAACAACGGCAAGACUGAGGAAACAUCCCAGGGGGAGGCAGGAAUACAGUGCGGUACCGGGGGAGCAUCAGCAGGGGGAUCUGGAGGCGACUCCCCUGAGGCCAAAGGGACCCCCAAACGCCUCCAUGUUUCAAACAUUCCCUUCCGCUUCCGUGACCCUGAUUUGAGGCAGAUGUUUGGGCAAUUUGGGAAGAUUCUGGAUGUAGAAAUUAUUUUCAAUGAGAGGGGAUCAAAGGGUUUUGGCUUUGUGACAUUUGAGAACAGCGCAGAUGCAGAGAAAGCCAGAGAAAAGCUCCAUGGCACUUUGGUGGAAGGUCGGAAGAUUGAGGUGAAUAACGCCACUGCCAGGGUGAUGACUAACAAGAAAAUGGUCAGCCCCUACCCUAACGGAGAGGCUCUGAGCACGCUGCCUUACGCAGGGUGGAAAUUGAGCCCAAUGGUUGGGGCUGUGUACGGACCAGAGCUCUAUGCAGUCCCAGGGUUCCCGUACCCUUCAGCAGCGGCAGCGGCCACGACGGCGGCGGCGGCAGCUGCAUUCCGCGGCGCUCACCUCCGGGGGCGGGGGCGGCCCGUCUACAGCGCCGUGCGAGCGGCUGUUCCUCAGCCCGCGAUCCCCGCGUACCCCGGUGUGGUGUAUCAGGAUGGGUUUUACGGCGCUGCAGACUUAUAUGGGGGCUAUCCUGCUGCUGCCGCCGCCGCCGCCGCUGCCUAUCGCUACGCUCAGCCUGCGGCCGUAACCGGAGCAACCGCCGCAGCUGCCGCAUACAGUGACAGUUACGGACGGGUUUACACGGCAGAUCCUUAUCAUGCUUUAGCCCCAGCUGCUGCAGCCUACGGAGUGGGAGCCAUGGCCAGUUUAUACCGGGCGGGAUACAGUAGGUUUGCUCCAUACUAAAGCCACAAAUUACAUCCAAGGAAUUUCACAUCUCUCCAGAAGCCUUUUUUAAGCUCAUUGUUUGGCAGACGCACCCUUCCAUCUCUCUGCUGUUGGACUACAGUGACAACCCUGCCCCCCUGCCUCCCCCCACCUUUUUUUCUUUUUAUUGCCACAUCACCAACUCUUUCUGUCUGUGUGACGUGGCACAAUUUCUCAACGCUAACUUUUUAGAAACACUAUUGGAUCUGCGAGGAAAGAGACCGUUCCUGCUUGAUCUUCCUACACUACAAAGUCGAAAUCCUUAGUAAAUCCACACUCAAGUGUGCGUGCACCCACUCCCACGGCGUCCUUCAGCGGUGGAGCUGCAUCGCCAAUACAAAACAGACACAAAGGCAACAUCCCUCUGCUUUGGCACUAUAGUGCAUUCAUGAACCAAACUCUGAUCUCCUCUGUAUAAAAAAAAUGUAGGAAUUAUUAUUCAUUUUUUUCUUUUUCUUUUUAAGACGGCACGGAAACAUGGGAGCUUCUGACUGACAGGAACCACUAUAGUCCCAGUCACACAAAAAACAAUGAAUGGCAUGAAACCCUCAAGUUAUGCUGGGAUCCCCCACCGUCCCAUGGGUGCAAGGAAACGUAAUGUUAAAAAAAAUUGAAAAAAAAAACAAGUUUUCUUCUACAUUACCUCAGUUUUAUGUUGAUCUUGUUUUUGUUGCCAUACCUUGAUGUCUGGUUCAGUUCAUCUUUGCCACAGCAACACUAAACAUAAACGACGACGGGCCCGUUUGGAGCUUUGCGGUGAGGAACUACCGACACGACACUACUUGCCCGCUCAUCACCCACCAACCCCCCCAAAAAAGAACUUUUUCAUAGACUUUCUCCUCUGAGGCAUACGGGGAUGACAUAGGAAGCUCAACAACUGCAUUUUGGUCCCUCCUCAUGCUGGAUUGCAGUCAUGUCCUUUCAAAUCAAAUAUUUUGGACCUUUUUUUUUAUUUGUCAGUAUUUCUGGACACAACAAAUAGUCAUUUUUGUAGUGCUGUUUUUGAAGGAGGCCUGGCAAGUCUUGUUAUGUAUCACACCUCAAUAUACUCUCACUAUGUUAUUGCUGUUUGCCUUUUUUGGUUCCAAAGAUUGUUUUCUGAAGAAAGCACAUUUUUAGACUUGAUGUAUUUCUCCUUCUGUUUUUUGGGGGGUGAGUGUCUGUGCUUAUCUCGUUAUUAUAGUUUGUUUUUUUUAUCUCCGCGUUCAAGCUGUAUUUUUCUAGAUGGUUGUGUCAGACACAUUUCAACGGUCGUCAGCCCUUUUGGAAACCGGCCAACAAAACUAGCCGCAUGAUUUUAGUCCACAGGCUUAAGUUUGUUCACGUAGUCCGCAAGGCAUGCCGGGUGCACACACGGGCUUUCCAGCAGUCUUGCGGGUUGCGCAGUACGUCGUUCGCAACGGUUUUGCCUGCAGUUGGGAGUCAUGAGGGAUAUGCUGAUUCGGCAUAGGGGGGUUGCCAAAGAGGCAUGGGGACGAGGCAGCGUGUUCCUUUUGGGACGGAGGAACAAGACAUGAAUAUUGUUUUGAAGAAGCCUAUCAUCGCUUGUCUUUCUGGAGGUGCUCGUGGACGGUGGAGCACGUUGUGAGGAUGUUUUGUAUGAUUGUGACACGUGUGCAGUAGGUAUUUUUGGUGCACUCUUUUUUUUUUUUUUUUUUUUUCCUUCUUAUUACUUCGUACAAGUAUUACCAGAAGUGUUGCUAUGCAUGCUUUCGUGAGGGAGAGGCAGAUGAUGGAGAGCUUUUCCUUUGUGCAUGACUUCAAAUCUUUGUGCUGGAGGAUGGGAGGGGGGGGAACUGUUCCCAGAUAGGAGGUGACAAGAAUGGCAAGGGAGUAAAGUUCUAAAAAAAAAAAUUUAAAAAAAGAAUAAAAUAGAAGUAUCCGGGCUGUAUCUGAUUUAAUAAUCUGGUUUAUCUGUUGUGUGCCUCUGAGGUCGUCAUGGUAAUCAGCAGUCAUAUCAGAUAUGUUGAAAGUUUAAUUUGGGAUUUCCACCUCCCACGCCCCCCCCCCCCCCCCCCGUGGGUUUCCUUUUGUAAUGAAAGUGAUAACAGUGGUGAGGCAAGCCCACUGUGGGACACUUCCACUUUUUGCCUGUCAGUGAAAACAUAACAAGAAAACAAAAAAACAGAAGAUGACAGCGGCGUCUUACUUUUUCAACUCCUACACUUUUUCCGUGGAGGGAAUGUCGUUUGACGAGUGAAACACAUCAUUUGGUGACAAGACGCCAGAGGUAGCCCACAGCUGGGUCGCGACUCGUCCUCGGUGAACUCUCAACCCCCCGAGUCCCUGCGCUGUGCUCACGUCAAGGCGAACGGGGAUGAAGUGUGGAUUGCAUGUGGCCCCUUUUCUGUUCCAAAUGCUCAUUUGACAAAGUGGCUUUUCUUUACACUAUGUAACGGUUUCUUUUGCCAUCCUUGUAUCGGCCUUCUGUUUAUUCUCCAUCAUUAUUAUUGAAUGUAUAUAAUAAACUGUUUGGUUUUUA